AUAAAAAUCUCUCUUGCUCCCUUAACUUCUCUUUAUAAAACUAGUGUAGCUGUUGAAGAAAAGCUUUUUCCUUUUAUUUUUUUGAGGUUCAUAUCAAAUGGCUGAUUUUUCAAGAACUGUACUUUCUUCUUCGCUAGUAGCUGUUCUCUUCUUCCUCCUCUUGAGCUUAACAGAAGCCAGAGAUCAUUUGGUUGGGGGAAAAACUGAUUCUUGGAAAAUCCCAUCUUCAGAAUCAGAUUCCCUCAAUCGUUGGGCUGAAAAAUCUCGCUUCCUCGUUGGAGAUUCUCUUGUAUGGAAGUAUGACGGAAAAACAGACUCAGUUUUAGAAGUGAGCAGGAGGGACUAUGUAACAUGCAACAUUUCAAGUCCAAUAGCAGUACACAAUGAUGGGAAUACAAAGAUAGAGCUAACACAUUCAGGAGCUUACUAUUUUAUUAGUGGAGCAAAAGGGCAUUGUGAGCAAGGCCAAAAAUUGAUAGUAGUGACUUUAUCUGAGAAGAAUAUGAGGAGAUUCAUGGGUGCACCUGCACCUUCUCCAACAGAGUUUGAUGGUCCAGCUAUGGCUCCUACUAGCAAUUCUGCUACUUUAAAUGCUGGUUUAGUUAUGGGUUUUGGGAUUUUAAUGGGGUUUUUGUUUUGAAGUGAGGGUGGUUGGAUUUAUUUUAAUUUUUUUAUUUUUUAGAUGAGAGGUGGUGGCUUUCUUUGGUCAUUCUCCUUAAUUAUUCUUUGAUUCAAUUUGUUUUUUUAGCUUUGGGAAGCCUUAGCUUUGUUUGGAAGCAAAAUGAAAAGCUUUAUGUGUCAAUACUCUCAUUUCCUUUC